AUGAUUGCGGUGAAGCAGAAGGCCAAAGACGACGACCUGUCCACCAAGAUUCGCAGUCUGCAAGGACACUCAGUUCACCCGCCAUCGGAUGAAGCUUUGGGUUGCGUUGUGGUUGUAGUCAACAGGAAUCUGUCACCAGCCCUCCAGCAAAGCCACGGUGCCAUCAGAGAUCCGAUGUUGGAAUGGGGUUGGUCGGGUUGCACCGCAAACGUGAUUUCCAGCUCCGAGUACUGUUUUGGAUAUCUGUUCCUAAUGGUCCCUAAUGUCUGA